AAGGCCGCGGCUGCGAGGAAGCGGACCCGGCCCGGGCCAUGGAGCUGGCGGAGGCGGGGGCGGCAGGCUGCUCGCAGGGUGCGCCAGGGCGUGUGCAACCCGGCGGCCCCGCCGGCUGUAAAUGAGAAGGUUGGGGCGGGAUGGGCGGAGGCCGCCCGGGGCGGCGGCCAUUGGGACGCGACGGUCCCUGCCCUGCUUGGCCCUGUUCGUCUUCCCCACCAAGAAUGCUGCCCUUCUCUGCCUCGAGUUUGGCGGCUAGAGGCUCGAGAGGGAUGGCUUCAACCCGUAGGAGUAGGGUAGGGCGCGUCGGUCCUAGAAAUGCGUGUCCAGGGCGUUAUCUGUACCUCCCUCUCCAUCCCAAUGAGGGGAGAGGCUGGCUGGGAUCCCACAACCAACCCGACGAACACUGCAGGUGCUCCCUGGAGGUGUGAGGUUGGAGAAGCUGCGGACUGGUCGCUCCCUUAGCAGAGGUUAAGUUCUGGUCUCAGCCCAGGACCCAAAGUGUAAUACCACAUUACAUUGAUUGUGGUACUGGAGAUUUAAUCCAGGAGCACUCUACCACUGAGCUGCACCCUCCCCCAACCCCAGCUCUGUUUUUAUUUUGAGACUUGAUUUUACUGAGUUGCCCACGCUGGCCUUGAAUUUGACAAUCCUCCUGCCACAGCCUCAUCAAUCGCUGGGAUUACAGAUAAGUACCACUGGCCUCUGGCCCAGCCCCUACUUUUAAAAAAUCUAGAAAAUAAUCACUCUUUCAACUUUGUGAAUAUUUAUUGGUAGUCUGUUUACCCAAGGCGUGGUUCUAGGCAGUGGAGUUUUAGUAUUCAAACAGGCAGUCCUGCUGAACUGUGGAAGCUAAAUAGAGUUCACUGGAACCCACAGAUUGUCUUUUGUUACUUUGUAUUUCAGUUUUUUUUUUUUUUUCUUUUUUUAAAUUUAGGGACAGGUCACUUAGAAUCAUUUUUAAGUUGGUAGAAAGUUAACAUUGUUUCAACUUUUCUGCAUUUUCUGGUUUACUCUAAAAGUUACUCUACUAAGUGAUAACAUUGCCUUUUGCAUCUUUCAUUGAUCAAUUUUUUUCCAUCAAAUUAUCCUGUGAAAAAUGUAGUGCACAAAGAUAAUGCUAGUUGAGUAAACAGGAUUGAAGAUCCUGCUGUAGUUUCAUGUCCUUGUAAUUUGUAAGUGUUUUGACAUAUCAUAAAUCCAGGAAAAAAAUAAAACUACUUUGUGAAUUCUUUCCCAGAUAAAAUGUUUUAAGAAAAUGUCAGUUGCUCAAAGAUGAUAUGUAGCCUGAAUAUAUGUAUGUAUUUCUUUGCAUAUUGUUCAGCAGUUCACGAUCAAGUAGUGCCAACCCGAAAUUCUUCAUCCAGAGUCAUAAUACAUGUGGAUCUGGAUUGCUUUUAUGCACAAGUAGAAAUGAUCUCAAACCCUGAAUUAAAGGACAAACCUUUAGGUGUGCAGCAGAAAUAUUUGGUGGUUACUUGCAACUAUGAAGCCAGGAAACUUGGAGUUAGGAAACUUAUGAAUGUCAGAGAUGCAAAAGAAAAAUGUCCACAACUGGUAUUGGUUAAUGGAGAAGACUUGACCCGUUACAGGGAGAUGUCUUAUAAGGUUACAGAAAUAGUUGAGAAGAAACUCCAGCAGCUUCAAAGUGAUGAACUUUCUGCAGUGUCUGUGUCAGGUCAUGUAUACAAUAAUCAGUCCAUAAACCUGCAUGACAUCAUGCACAUCAGACUGCUAGUUGGAUCUCAGAUUGCAGCAGAGAUGCGGGAAGCCAUGUAUAAUCAGUUGGGGCUCACUGGAUGCGCUGGAGUGGCUUGUAAUAAACUACUGGCAAAAUUAGUUUCUGGUGUUUUUAAACCAAAUCAACAAACAGUCUUGUUACCUGAAAGUUGUCAAGAUCUCAUUCAUAGUUUGAACCAUGUUAAGGAAAUGCCUGGUAUUGGCUAUAAAACUGCCAAACGUCUUGAAGCACUGGGAAUCAGUAGUGUGCAUGAUCUCCAAACCUUUUCAUCUAAAAUAUUGGAAAAGGAAUUAGGAAUUUCAGUUGCUCAGCGGAUCCAGAAGCUCAGUUUUGGAGAGGAUAACUCUCCUGUGACACCUUCAGGACCACCUCAGUCCUUUAGUGAAGAAGAUUCAUUUAAAAAAUGUUCAUCAGAAGUCGAAGCUAAAACAAAGAUUGAAGAACUACUUGCUAGCCUUUUGAAGAGAAUAUCCCAAGAUGGAAGGAAACCCCAUACUAUAAGAUUAGUAAUCCGUCGGUAUUCAUCAGAGAAGUAUUGUUGUCGUGAGAGUCGUCAGUGCCCUAUUCCAUCCCAUGUAAUUCAGAAGUUAGGGGCAGGAAAUUAUGAUGUGAUGACCCCAAUGGUUGAUAUACUUAUGAAACUUUUUCGAAAUAUGGUGAAUGUGAAAAUGCCAUUUCACCUUACCCUUUUAAGUGUGUGCUUCUGCAACCUGAAAGCACUAAAUACCACUAAGAAAGGGCCCAUGGAUUAUUAUUUAGCAUCAUCAUUAUCAACAUCGUCAUGCUCUGGCAAGCGCAGUUUUAAAAUAAAAGACAGUCAUAUGGAAAAUAUUUCCAAAGACAAAGAAACAAACUGGGAUUUUCUACCAAGUGCAAGAAUUGAAAGUAUAAGAACUGGCGAAUCUCCAAUAGAUACUUCAGAUUUCUCUAAAGAAAAAGACAAGAAUGAAUUUCCACUCUGUUCACUUCCUGAGGGUGUUGACCAAGAAGUCUUCAAGCAGCUUCCAGUAGAUAUUCAGGAAGAAAUCCUUUCUGGAAGAUUUAGAGAAAACUUUCAAGGGAAAGGAAGUUUAAGUUAUCCAUUACAUGCCUCCAAAGGAGUGUUAUCUUUCUUUUCUACAAAACAAUUGCAAGAUAGAUCCUUAAAUCCUAGAGAUAAUUUAUCCAAUAACAAGCAGAUACACUCUGUGUCUCCUUGUGAACCAGGAACAUCAGGCUUAAGUAGCAGUAGUUCCUCUUAUCUGUCUAGUCCCAAAGAUUAUUCAUAUUAUAUAGAUAAUCGAUUAAAAGAUGAACAAAUGAGUCAAGGACCUAAAGAAUCUGAAGGUUUCUACUUCUCCAGUACAAACCCUGCUGUUUCUGUUUUCCAUUCAUUUCCCAAUUUGCAUAGUGAUCAACUUUUUUCCAAAAACUGUGCUACAGAUAGUCAUAAGCAAACAAUGGCAACAACCUCAUGUCAAGGACUCACAGAAAAUAAAGAGCAAGAUUCUGCUGAUGAGAAGAUUAUUUUUCCAUCUGGCAUCGAUCCUCAAGUGUUCUAUGAACUUCCAGAAGAGGUACAAAAAGAACUGUUGGCUGAGUGGAGGAGACCUGGAUCAGAUUUCCACAUUGUACAUAAGUAAGCACAUUCAGAGAAAGGUCUAGAAAGCAAAGAAAAAGUAUCAUUGUCCUCAGAUUAGCAGUUUGUUAAGCUCUUCUAAAUUAAACACUAAUAAUAAUGUAGAAAUCCAAUGUAAAAUGUUCAGGUAAAGCAAGAGUGGUUACAGGAAGUAAAUUCCAACACAAAGCAUAAAAAUCCUCAUAACAGAAGAAUAAUGUAAAAAUUUUGUCCUUCUCUUAUUUCUACAGCUAUUUUAUGUUGCUUUUCAAUAAAAGGAAUAUUAUGGUCGGUACAAGUACAUUUUCUAUAAAUUGGGGAGAACACAUAUGCGCUUGCAUAUAAAAUAUGGGCUUGCAUAUGAAAUAUGGGCUCAUCAAAUCAUUGUCAUGCUAGAGUAAGGAACAGGGUUUUUUGUUUGUUUUUUGUCCCCCCCUACCCCGUGAAAAAUGGAAUGCCUCAAGAAAUUUAAUAUAUUAGGACGUAGUCAAAGAGGAGCUCCUGUCAGCUAACAUUUUGAAAAUGUAAAUAUCUUUGUUUAGAGUACUGUGUACCAUUUAAUAAAUUGACUUGUAGAAUAGCAUAGAAUAGAACAUUCUCCAUGCAAGUGUUUUAAGGGAAAGAUGGAUAUCAGAAAUGCAAGGUGGUAGCCAGAUGUGUGGCAUGUAUCUGUGAUUUCAACUAUAGCAGGUGGGGGCUGAGACAGGAUCUCAAGAUUUCAAGUUUAAGUAUGGCCUGGGCAAUUAAGCAAGACACUGUCUUAAAACAAACAAACAAACAAACAAACAAACAAACAAAAAAAAGGCCAGGUGGUAGAAAACUAGUAACAGAAGAAAUCCAUUACCUUCUAGCCAGUUUGUAGGGUCUAAAAGAAUGCAUUUGAUUUUUUUUUUAAUAUCUAAUCUGCAUUGGGACAUGAUUGUAUGAAUAUCUUAUCAAGAACAAAUACACCUUUGCUAAUUUGGCAGUUGGAGGAGUCCUGGUCUCAAGUUUGUAAUUUUUACAGAUAUAAUCUAAAUAAAAAAUAUUAAAGACUGGAGUUGUGGCUCAGUAGUGGAGCACUUGCCUAGCAUGUGUAAGGCACUGGGUUCAAUUCUCAAC